GCUCCCCAGUGCAGUCCCCGCUUCUCGGUAGCCCUGAUCCCUGGCCAGGUCUGGGUGCUGUUUCUGGGCAGGCCUGCCCCUUGGAGGGCCCUGGAGGUCCUCCAACUUGAGAAAGGGUAGGGACGUUCCGGCCUCAUUCUGGGCUCAGGGGGCUGUUUCUGAUGCACUUUGGUUGCCUUCCUGCCUUCCAGGGUUACGGGAUGAGAAAGAGACGGUUGAGUGCCCAGUCACGGAAGGACACUUUCAUCCUACAAGAGAUGAUGAUCUACAAGUACGCAGCCGGGCUGUAUGACCUGGAGCCCGAGGAGCGCUUCAUCUCAUUUCUCCAGGCCGUGGAGCCCCUGGACGAAGAGCAGAGCUACAGCCUGUCCUGCCAGCUGGAGCCCCCAGGCCAGAGGGCCGGCAGAAAGGGACUGUUGCAGUUCUUCAGGCCCCACAAGAUGUAAACUUACGGGCCGGACAGGGCCAGCUGCUGUCAUCGGGCCCUCGGCCCUGCUGGUGUCCUGGCUGCAUGAGGAGGAGAGCUUCUUCCCCUUCGCGCAGGCGGCACCUGGCGCCCCAGGACCCCAGUCUGCUUGCUGCUCCUCCUCCUCCCGCUGCUCAUCCUGAGCCUCUGCUGGGGCAGGUGCUCUGGCACCUCCUCCGUCCGCAGACUCGGGCAGCUCCCCAGGCUGCCGCUGUAUCCUCAAGGACCCGUACUUAGCUGCGGCCAACUUGGCCCCCUUCGUGCUGUGUCGUCCCCUCUGCUCGUGGCCCGCUGGACAGAGGCGAGCCGCCCCACCGUGUGGAGGAUGUUCCCCUUCAUGUUGGUGGCCUCCCGCCGUGACGCCAACUCCUGCCUGGGCGCGGUCAGCCACCAAGUCGUAGCCACAGGGUUCCAGGAAGAGAUGGGGGCUGUCCUCACCAGGCCCAGCCUUUCCUGGGAUGGACACAGAGACGGCGCAGUACUGCAUGGGACCACCGUCCCCUGGGUACCCAGUGGAAGCAUCCGAGGCUGCAGGGGUGGCUGGCCGUAGCAGGGCCCCAGGACAUGCUCCCAGCGGAGCCCCUGUGCAACUCUCUCCCCUCAUCCCUGAGAAAUAGCCUCCCCAGGCGCAGUGUGGUCUGGGUGUUGUGUCUGAGGUUUAUGGUUCCUGGGGGUUGGGGUCAUCCCUGUGCAGAAUGUAAUAAAUGAUGAACGGAUUGCCACCACACUGCUCUUUCUUCUCAAAGCUCUGCCCCUCCUGCAGACAUCGUGUGCCCCAGCCCACCCCACCCCAGCCCUCAAACUCUAUGACGCAGGGGGGCCCUGACCUCUGCCAGGUUAUCCUCCAUCCUCGGUCCUCUUCCCAUAAGGUGCUCAGGAAGAGCGGGGCGCUCUAAGCCCCAGGCUAGCACACCUUGACAACACUGGGGAGGGCUGUUCAAACAGAAACUGGACCCUAUUUCCUGUCACCUAUAGAUUAUGAUCAGACAAAGAAACUUGUUGAUUAGAAGCCCCAGGGUGUCUCUCCACGUCUUGAACACCACUGCAGAUGUACCCAAGUAGAUCCCACGGCUGCAGGGCACCAGUCUAGCACUGUCCCAUUUAAUGAGACACAGCUGCUCCACACAUUCCAGAAAAUUCCUUUUCAAAAAACGCUGAACUUGGUCUCUCAAAGCACCUCCAAGAGGUGCACUCCUUCCAUUGGGGGGGCUUUCUGUGAGCCCAAUUUCUCCACACUUCACACCUCAGAGCACCCCCCAAAGCUCCCAGGUCCCCAGUCCUCCCCCAUGGUGCCCCUCAGCCAUCCAUCCCCAGGCCAGGCUGCUGAGUGGCCUGACGUCUGUGACAAAAGGCUCGGGAGGCUGAGCAGAGGCACUUGGUUCUGAUUCUCCCCAUAACGCUCCCCCAGGGCUCUCAGGAUGUGUUCACCCUCCCAGGAGGGGAGGACUGGCCUGGAGGGGAGUUCCAGGAUCAGCACAAACACCCCCUUGUGGGGGCUCCAGGCUGGAGACAAGUCUCCAGGUCUUAUGAUGCAGGUGGAGCCCCAGA